AUGGCUGAAGAUGAUGGCAUGAUGCUUUUAAACUUGGACACCAGUUUUGGUGGCGAUUCUGCACCUGAAAAGGUCAAAAUAAGUGGCGGGAAAUGGAAAGACAGAAGGAGAGCGAAAAAACAGCAAAAUGGGCCAUCUCAAGGUGCGCAAGGUGAAGAGGCAGAUGGCAGAGGAUCACUAAAGCGCUCUGGAGGCAAUGCAACAGGAAAGCCGGACCGCAAAGUCGCGAAAUCUACUGCCAAUACCAAUGGCGGGGUGAGCAAUUGUGGUACUGAAUACGUGUCGUCGCUGUUCACAGCAAACCGAGAGAUUACAACAUCUGUGAACAGCAAUGCGCACGAUGAGAGUUUGCCGGUCAACCCAUCGAAUGCCCCAUUAUUGCAGGACUCGUUCGAAGCCUUGGGAAUAACGUCUCCACUUCUGCAACACCUUAGCGAAAAAAUGCAUAUUUCGAAACCAACUCGUGUUCAGAAACUGAGUAUUCCAACGCUUUUGGAAGCCAAAAACGAUGUCUUUGUGCACGCGCAAACUGGGUCUGGUAAAACACUGGCAUUUUUGUUGCCUAUUCUGACGCGAAUUCUUUCCAUGAAAACGCGUGUUGAUCGUCAGUCUGGUUGUUUUGCCAUGAUCAUCACACCAACUCGUGAGUUGGCUUCGCAGAUUUAUUCGGUAAUGCUGACUUUAACUCAGUGCUGCCACUACCUCGUACCAUGUUUGCUCAUUGGUGGUGAGCGUAAAAAAUCUGAGAAGGCAAGACUGCGCAAGGGGUGUAAUUUUAUCAUUGGCACACCAGGGCGGAUAUUGGAUCAUUUACAGAAUACUCAGGUUAUUAAAGAACAGUUCGCUUCAUCUUUGAGAUACUUGGUUCUGGAUGAGGGUGAUAAACUUAUGGAACUGGGGUUCGAAGAGACGAUCACAGAUAUUAUCAAGUUUAUUCACGAAGUCCCCCUUGAUCAUUCAAAGUUUCCGGAACUUCCCAAGAGGCUAAUUCACACAUUAUGCAGUGCGACGCUCAAGGGAGGAGUCACCAAAUUGGGAAAUGUGGCUUUGGAAGACUACAAGCUUAUAAGUAGUGGUCAAAAACAGCACGAAGUGGACGCCGUUCCAGACCAACUGGUUCAAAGCAUUACUAUUGUUCCUCCGAAGCUGCGAUUAGUGACGUUAGCUGGACAACUCAGUAACUUGACUGCUAAGCAUAUUUCCUCCGAGACUAAGGAAACCACACGUACAAUUAUUUUCCUGUCAUGUUCAGAUAGUGUAGAGUUCCAUUACGAUGUCUUUUCCUAUGACAGUGGGAGAAGUCGGGCUUUGGUGGGUGAUUCUGUUAGAGCGCUAUCGGGGAACUCCACUUCGUUGCCUUGUCUAUCACAAGUGACAGCUCCGUCGGUUGUUUGUUACAAAUUACACGGUUCGCUUUCACAGCAGAUUCGUACGGCCACUUUGCAAAGCUUUUCGAGCGAUUCUGAUGCUACGCGCGGAAAGCAUCUUAUAAUGUUCUGCACUGAUGUCGCUAGCAGAGGUUUGGAUUUACCGAGGGUGAGUUCGGUUAUAGAACUAGAUCCUCCUUUUGCAGUUGAAGACCAUUUGCAUAGAAUUGGGCGUACUGCACGCGCGGGUGUGAGCGGAGAAUCGCUUCUGUUCCUCUUGCCUGGUGAAGAAGAGGGCUACAUGGAACUCAUUAAACCGUAUCAUCCACAAGGUUGGAAACUGCUGAAGUCGGACGUAGACAUUUUGAAGCCUGCAUUUAUGGGUUCCAACGUUCUAAGAAGUGAUAGGCGAAGCGACAAGGACGGCUCAGUUGAAUGGGACAACAAUGCUACUACCUGGCAUCUCAACGUGGAAAGACGAGCUCUUGAAGAUCAAGCUUUCAAGGAUGUUGCAGUCAAGGGCUUCGUAAGCCAUGUUAGGGCAUAUACCACUCAUUUGUCACUAGAGAAGAAAUACUUUAACGUCAAGUGCCUGCAUUUGGGUCACUUGGCCAAGAGUUUUGCCUUGAGGGAACGGCCUAAAGCUAUGGGCGGCAACAGUUCCAAAGGCAGAAAUGGCGAAGAGACUUCAAAAAGACCUAAGGAAGACGCAAAAUCGAAAAUGCUCCGCAUGGCGAAUAUGGCGUUACGUCAAGGUCAAAGUGAGUUCAAUUAUUAG